CACAUAUGUGCAAGAGGAACCUUUACCUUUUAGAGGCUGAUACAUAUUUGGAAUAUUUUAAUGGGAUAUUCCAAGGAGAUAUCUUUGCUUGGUCAUGCCUCUAAUCCCAUUAUUUCUUAUACUAUAUAUGGCGUGUGUGUCAAAUCUUUGUGGCAUUUUUGCCCUGAUUUGCUACACCCAUUGUAGCACAAAGGUGCAAAAUGUUAAUUGAUAGAUUGUUUAUUUGUUAAUAGAUCCAAAUGAGGAAUCACAGCUCUGUUUGACUGUAGGGGAGAGCUCCUUGGGGUAGUUCCCUAUGUCUUAAAAUCCAUCCUGCCACUGAAUAAUUUUUUUUUAGAAAGGGGGUUAGUCUCUUCAGUCCAAUUAAGUCCUUUUCCUUUGUCUCUUCCAAGAAGUCCACCAAGAAAGCCAUGUGUGCAUUGGAAUGUCUCGGCCUGAGGACAUCACAAUCUGAAUCGGCACCUGUGGUUUACCAAGCCUCCAGCACAAUGACACGAGACGUGGGCCUGGAUGACGAGCUUCCAGACUGGGCUGGAGCCAAGGAAUUCUACCAAAAAUAUGACCCCAAGGACGUUAUUGGCAGAGGGGUUAGCAGCGUGGUCCGGCGAUGUAUUCACAAGCAGACAGGACAGGAGUUUGCAGUGAAGAUCAUUGAGGUAACCCCGGAGCGCAUGACUCCCCAGCAGCUGGAAGAAGUGCGCUUGUCAACCAGCAAAGAGAUUGCCAUCCUGCACCAGGUGUCCGGUCACCCAUUCAUCAUCACGCUGAUAGAUUCCUAUGAGACAUCUACUUUCAUGUUCCUAGUCUUUGAUUUAAUGAGACGUGGUGAGCUUUUUGACUAUCUUACGGAGAAAGUAACCAUCAGUGAAAAAGAGACCAGGUGCAUCAUGCGUGCCCUCCUGGAGGCCGUAAACUACCUUCAUGAGAACCAUAUCGUCCAUCGCGACCUCAAACCGGAGAACAUCCUGAUGAACGACGAUCUUAGCAUCAAACUGUCUGAUUUUGGCUUCUCUUGCCAUUUGAAGCCGGGAGAGAAACUUCGAGAACUAUGCGGUACCCCAGGCUAUCUGGCACCAGAAAUAUUGAAAUGUUCUAUGGACGAGACUCACCCUGGUUAUGGGAAGGAGGUGGAUCUCUGGGCCUGUGGCGUUAUCUUUUUCACCCUCCUGGCCGGCUCUCCCCCUUUCUGGCACCGCAAACAGAUGUUGAUGCUUCGGAUGAUCAUGGAAGGCCGGUAUCACUUUGGUUCUCCAGAGUGGGAUGACCGAUCCGACACAGUCAAGGAUUUGAUCUGCCGACUGCUGAAAGUAGAUCCCGUGGAAAGGCUGAGCGCUGAGGAGGCGCUGCAGCACCCCUUUUUCCAGCGCUACGGAAAGGAGCAGCGGCAUUUCAGUCCCUUCCAUAAGUUCAGAGUCAUUGUGUGGACAGUUCGGGCUUCCAUCCGCAUCUAUUCCAGCUACCGCCGGGUGCGCCCGGUCACGAAGGAGCUGCUGCUGUGCGACCCCUAUGCCCUCAAGGGGGUGCGCAAGCUGAUUGACGCUUGUGCCUUCCGAAUCUACGGCCACUGGGUCAAGAAGGGUGAACAACAGAACCGGGCCGCCCUCUUCGAAAAUGUCCCCAAGGCCAUCCAGAUGGUCUUGCUAAACACGGAAGGAGAGGAGGCCCCGCCCUCGGAAGAGCCCUUCUGCCAGAAAGACACCUUCGAGCCCCUGUGAAACAGGAGUGGGUGAGGGGUGUUGAGGGGGCAGGGGGGUUUCACAGAACUGAAUCUCAUCCUUGCCCCCAUGGGGAGAGGACAGCCAAUGGCUAAAGUCCUCCUUUGGGUUCCUUGUGCACGGAAGAGACUUUCUAGGGAACAAGAACCCGGGGAAUCUUGAAUUUUGGGUUGAUGGGACAGGAUUCCCUGAUUGUACCUGGAAGGUUGUUCUGGAUUUGGGUAGGGUUGAUGUCACACUGAUGGUGUUGGUCCAAAAGGAGGGACAGGGGAGAGCAAUCUGCUUCUUCUGCAAGACCAGGAGCCCCUGACAAAACCCUUUGCGCAGUAAGGACUGUCCGGGGGCCUCAUCCAUCACUGGAAUCCCUUCUGCUGAGGGAACAAUCUGUGUCUUUAGAUUUGGACAGUAUUGGAGAUCAAGUAUGGGAUCAGAUUUUGCAUCUCUCCUCCUUGCUGCAAUCAAGUAGUGGACGUGGCUUUUUUGCUGAUCUGCUUGUUGUUGUUUGUUUCCUGUCAUCCCCCACCUUACAAUUGGACAACUAUAAUAAAAGUGAAAUAUGAUCGCAGGUGUCUUCAGAGUUGGGCUUCCUUUUCGUUGUAAGGUUUGGAGGAGGAAUUCAUAAUAAUUUAUACUGAAACAGAGGCCUUGCCAGACAUGUCUUCCCCAGGUCCCAGAAAUUCCCAAGCACUGUGCCCAAAGUGGAGGGAAUGAUGCAGCUGGAAUCUGGCAUGUCCCAGGAAAAAAACAUUUAGGCCACAAUGGCAGAAUGGGUGGAACUGGGCUAGGAUGAGGGAAGGUUUGCCCAAAACAACCGUACCCAGGUUCACGGGAGUCUAGUUGGCAGUGUUGUAUUCCAGUCAAAGCUUCUAAUUAAAGAAAUAUUUCUGUUUGCCCAGCCAAGUUACAUUAUGUUGGCCAGGAGUGCUCAGAUUGAGGCACGAGGCUCCCCAGAAUCUUUCCAACACCUGAACGUAUUUAUUUAUAUCCUGCC